UCGCUGCUUUGUAGGUGGCAUGGCCGAGCCGGCUCCCGCCGUGUGGCAUUCAGCCCCGGAGCUGACUCCCGCGCCCGGGACUCCGGGCGAAGCUGCGCCGCCGCGGGACAACUGGGUGUACUGGGCCAUGCUGCCUCCGCCGCCACCUCCUCUGUCGUCCCCCGUGGCGGGCUCGGAGCAGAGCCGUAAGGGACAGCCUCACGUGCAGCCCCAGCCUCCCUCCGGAGCGCUUCCCCCGUUCGAUGCUCACAUUCUGCCCGCGGCGCAGCCUCCUUUCGAUGCCCAGGCCCCGCCCGAUGCUCAGUCUCAGUUCUGCCGCCAGCAGGCCUGGAAUUUGCAAGCCUCGACGCCUUGGUACUGGGGAUCGUCUCCUCAUGGUUUUCCCACGUACCACACGUCCUACCAAUCUCCGGUUACACAUUCUUAUUUCCCACGAUCACAUGGUGCGAAAUUCAAUGAGUUCAAUUUGCCUCAAAACAGAAAACAGAAAAAGAAGAAAAGAAAGGAACCGGUUUUCCACUUCUUCUGUGAUACCUGUGAUCGUGGCUUUAAAAAUCAAGAAAAGUAUGACAUACACAUGUCUGAACAUACAAAAUGCCCUGAAGUAGAUUGCUCUUUUAGUGCACACGAGAAGAUUGUCCAGUUCCAUUGGAGAAAUAUGCAUGCUCCUGGUAUGAAGAAGAUCAAGCUAGACACUCCAGAGGAGAUUGCAAGAUGGAGGGAAGAAAGACGAAAAAACUACCCAACUCUGGCCAAUAUUGAAAGGAAGAAAAAGUUAAAAUUGGACAAGGCAAAGAGAGGAGAAGUGUUGACAACCACACAGUACGGCAAAAUGAAGGGCAUGUCCAGACAUUCACAGAUGGCAAAGAUCAGAAGUCCUGGUAAACAUCAUAAAUGGAGAAGAGGUGGGGCUAGGCAGAGAGCAGUCGUUGGACUAGGAAAUCAUGCCAUAGAUUCGAAGCCUGAAGUUCCGUCCAGGGUUAAUGUAGACCCUCUAGGUGCUUUGAUCCACAGCGACUCUGAGUCUGAUAAGGAGGAGAAAGCACAAAGGACUGUAGUGCCCAAGGAAGUGACACCAGCCUUGUGUUCACUGAUGAGCAGCUACGGCGACGUCUCAGGGUCAGACAGUGAGCCAGAAGAAACCCCCAUCAAGACUGAAGCAGAAGUUCUGGCAGAGAACCAUGUUCUUCAUAGCAGUCCUCCCAAGAGCCCAAAACAAAAUGUUCAGACAACUGGUAGAACUGUCUCAAGAUCCAAGUGGGAGAACCAGAGGAACGGACUCAGAAAGAUAAGCCUUAAGCGGAAAAAGAGCCACUGCCACCCACUGUUUGAACCGAGAACACGUCACCCAUAUCUCCUGGAAAUGCUUCUGGCUCCAGAUAUUCGACAUGAAAGAAAUGUGAUUUUGCAGUGCGUUCGAUAUAUCAUCAAAAAAGACUUUUUUGGACUUAAUACUGAUUCUGUGAAAACUGAAGAAGUGUAGAUGUCUCACGUUUCCGCACACAUGUGUAAAGCAUCUGAAAGAACACCGUCCUUGGGUGAGGAGAGAAAACCAACAACUUCUGAAGCCGGGAUCAGUAAUUGAACUGGAAACCUCACGCACGGUGUUAUGUUGGAUUUUAGGUCUGUCCCUGGGCUUUAUGCAAAUAAAUGCAUAGCUGCUCUUUUUUA